GACUUUUGGGGAGUUUAAUUGUCUCUCUCACUGGCGGUGGGUUUCUGUCGGACAGCUAGCUCGCCAGCUGGCUGAGGAAUUCAGAGAUUGGGACUAGUUUUUAAAGCAAUUUCACGCAAUAGUGUGGUUGUUUAUUUGGUUCAAAAGGGUUAAAUUAACCACCUGAACGAUGAAGGACCGAUUGGAGCAACUUAAAGCGACGUGUGAUCAAGAUGAUGAUGAGGUGGAGAUCGCUGUGGACAACGCAGCGUUCAUGGAUGAGUUCUUCUGUCAGAUUGAGGACAUCAGGAACAGUAUUGAUAAAAUUGAUGAGAAUGUGGCUGAAGUCAAAAAGCUUUACUCACUCAUCCUGUCUGCUCCCACAUCAGAUCAGAAAACACAGGAUGACUUGGAGGCAACCACCAACGACAUAAAAAAGAUGGCCAACAAUGCGAGAAACAAACUCAAGACUAUCGAGAGGAAUCUGGAGUCAGAGGAGCAGGAGAGAGUGUCGGCCGACAUGCGGAUACGUAAAUCACAGCAUGCAGUGCUGUCCAGGAAGUUUGUGGAGGUAAUGACGAAGUAUAAUGAAGCCCAGGUAGACUUCAGGGAGAGGAGUAAAGGACGUAUUCAGAGACAGCUAGAGAUCACUGGAAAAGCAACAACAGAUGACGAACUGGAAGAGAUGUUGGAGAGCGGUAAUGCUGCUGUGUUCACUGCAGGGAUUGUGGACUCUGGGAUUUCCAAACAAGCCCUCAGUGAGAUUGAAGCCAGACACAAAGAUAUCGUUCGUCUUGAAAGUAGCAUCAAGGAGCUGCACGAUAUGUUUGUAGACAUCGCCAUGCUGGUGGAGAGCCAGGGUGACAUAGUAGACAACAUAGAGCAGAAUGUAUCCAAGUCAGUGGACCAUAUAAUAGCAGCUAAGGAACAGACCAAAAAAGCUAUAAGGUACCAGACCAAAGCACGCAAGAAAAUGGUGAUUAUAGUGGUGGUUGUGGUGAUCUUGCUGGCACUGCUAGCUCUCAUUAUCGGGUUGUCAGUGGGAUUGAAGCAAAGCUGAUGAGCUAUUUGAGUAAGAGGAAAGCUAAGGAAGAUGAUCAUUAUUGGUGCAGUCUGUGCUGUGGUUGUUCUCAUCAUCCUCCUCAUCAUCAUCCUCACCCAUACACUAUAGCAGGAUUGCAGGCUUGCGAACAUCAUGUUUAUUCAUCUUCACUCCGUCCUUGCCCCCAUCAACCUGCAAACCAAAGAAAAGACUGAUAUUGAUACUUGAUAAAUCAUUUUUGAGCUAUGUAUUGUGUAAACCAAUCUGAACCGUCCACCCUAGUCUGUGAGGAGCUGUUUGGACAGUUUGAGGAUGUUCUUCUGCAAAUGAGGAAAUGAGACUGAAGUUGAUCUGAGGUACAAUACCUGUUGUAUCUCUGAGGAGGGGAAAAGGGAAUUGAAAUAUGCCAGAUUAUAAAACGUCACACAACAUUUCAUUGUUCAACAUUCAGUUCCAAAGAAACCGUCUGUGUUUGUCAUCUGAAAUUUGUUCUGAAGCUCAACCCUCACUAGAAGCACAUCACCUCCCUUAUCUUUGCUUCUUGCCUUUUAUGAGCCUUGACACAUUUUGUGAAAAACUAGCUAUGUUCACUGUACGGGGAUUUUUGUCAACCUUUGGGGAGCUCCAGCACUUUCACAUUUAAAUAUGUAUUUUUCAUUAUAUUAAGCUAAGAUGAUCAUGUAAAUAAUAGCACUAUUUUUUUUGUGUUGUCAAUAUCUAAGCACGAUUACAGCUCUGUUCUUUAACUGAAAAGAGGAGCUGUGUGUUCAGCUAUGAUUCUUGAAUGUAGAGAGUGAAUUUUAAAUGUGAAAGAUGGUGUUUAUGGAAACACAUUUCAUGCACAGGUGGAGCUAAAAUAAUCAAACAAGACAAAAAAGACAGG